GAUGGCCAAAGGACACCGCAUUGAGGAAAUCCCAGAGGUCCCGCUGGUGGUUGAAGACAAAGUUGAGAGCUACAAGAAAACUAAGGAUGCAGUGCUGCUGCUGAAGAAGCUGAAAGCCUGGAAUGACAUCAAGAAGGUCUACGCCUCUCAGCGCAUGCGUGCUGGUAAGGGUAAGAUGAGGAAUCGCAGACGGAUCCAACGCAGAGGACCAUGCAUCAUCUACAACCAGGAUGCCGGGGUCACCAAAGCCUUCAGAAAUAUCCCAGGCAUCACUCUGCAGAACGUAAACAAACUGAACCUCCUGAGGCUCGCCCCUGGUGGUCAUGUCGGACGCUUCUGCAUCUGGACUGAGAGCGCUUUCCGUAA